UGAUGUCGUGCAAUAAAAUUAAUUUUUCGAAUAAAAUUUUGAAAUUUUAUUUAAUUUUAAUUCGGUAGACAAUAUUUUUUUUUUCCAAUUUUAAUUUUAUAGUACUUUUUUUUUCAUAAUACUUAUAAAUUUAAUUCUAAAAAAAUUUUAUAUACGGUUUUUGUCUAAAAAUACUAUAAGGUCUACAUAAAAAGGCCUUGUUCUAUCAUCAAUGUGAAAAACAUAUAAUAUCAUUGUCAAAGUAUUAGAAAAAAAAAAAAAAAAAAACAGCUAAAAUUUUAAAUUAAUUGAUUGUAAGAAUUUAGUUAUAUGUAGAAAUUUCAAAAAGUGAUACUUAAUAUUCUGAAACAAUAAUAUUUUGCAAUGGUUCCAAACGUUCUGUACGUAGAUUUUAUAGCUGGAAGUGUUGGUGGUGCGCUUGGUGUAUUAGUAAGUCAUCCUUUAGAUACAAUAAAAACAUGGCAACAAGCAUCUAAUUCACGUGUAACAAAUGCUGUGUCCAACAUAUUUAAACGGAAUAAAGGGUUUAAUGGCUUUUACAGAGGUAUGCUUUUCCCACUAGUAACAACAGGUGCCGUUAAUUCAGUUUUAUUUGGAGUAUAUGGUAAUCAUUUAAGGCAACUACAAAAAACUUGUCAUAGUGAUUUUCAAAAAGAGCAAUUAGAAUACGAACAUAUCUUUCUUGCUGGAUCUUUAGCUGGUUUUGCAUCAUGCUUUGUUGCAUGCCCCAUUGAACUUAUUAAAAUUCGAAUUCAAACUCAAUCAUAUUACAGUAAUAAUUAUUUAGUUGGGCAAAGAAAAACACCCUUUAAACUUUUUAUGAAAAUUUUAAAAUCAGAUGGAAUUCCUGGUUUAUAUAGAGGACUUUUGCCAAUGAUGUGCAGGGAUGUUUUUCCGUACGGAAUUUAUAUGUUGAUUUAUCAAAAAACAACAAAAUUUUUUGAAGACACAGUUUUUAUAAAGAGGAAACGUGAAGCAAAUAGAAUUUACAAGAAAUAUGAAAUUGAACAUGAUGAUAGAACGGAUUUUAUUGUCACAACAUUGGCUGGGGCUUGGGCUGGUAUAUUAUCAUGGGUGUGCGUGAUUCCAUUUGAUGUAGUUAAAACUUUAAUGCAAGCAAGAGAUAGCACGGUUUACCAAGGCAUUUUAGAUUGUAUAAAAACAAAUGUGAAGACCUACGGUAUGAGGAGUCUUUUCCGUGGAAGUUGGAUAUUAGUUGUUAGAGCAAUACCUUUUAAUGCGGCAACAUUUUUAGGUUAUGAAAAAAGUUUUAAAUACAUUUCUGGAACUGAACAUCAAAACAUGAUAAGCAUAAACAAUAAAUUUUAAGCAAAUAUGAA